CGCUUCCUUUACUCUGUCAAAUCUCUCACCGGAAAAAUCUCGGAAAGAUUUAGUUGAUUUUUUCACUGAUGGGUUACAAAGCGGUUUAUCGAUCUCUCACAGAAUUGUUUCCUCAGAUUGAUGCAAGGCUUUUAAAAGCUGUUGCUAUUGAGCACCCAAAGGAUGCUAAUGAAGCUGCAGCUGUAGUUGUUUCAGAGAUUGUUCCUUUCUUUUACCCUAAUUUGGCUGAUAAUUCUACACAACCUGAGAACAGGACACCCGGAAAUGUGCCUAACAAAGUAGAACGUGCUAUGCAGAACGGUGUGUUGUCUGGUUCAGAGACAGGUUCUUCUUCCUCUUCAGGAAGUAUCCCUCUGGCUGUUGAUUGUGAUCAUGAAACAAGGGCCCCAAUUACUGAAUCAAUUUCUAGUAGGAACCAGUUGACACAUGUUAUGCCAAAUGUUGAUCUUGAUAUUCAGAGCAACGCAAAGAUCGGGUUGAGCGGAUCGGAAGAGUCUGGAGUGGUUUCCUCAGAAACCCCUGUCUCUUUUCAGGCGGGAGCUAAAUCGACUAGCCAUGGUUGUCAAGGUGUUGGGUUUCACAUUACAGGUAGUAAUCAAGCAGAAGCUGGCACAAGCUCAGAGUCAGAAGAUGCUGUGCAUAAGCUGGUUUAUCCUGCAGACAAUUCGGCAAUGACACAGAAAUCACCUCCUCUUCAAAUUAGAUUUGGGAGUAUCGAUAUUGUGAACGAGACAUCAAGUGGUUCAUUGGCUGUUGAAAAUAGCGAUGCAGAGUUGAGUGGUUCAAAUCUUGUGGAUGUGACAUCAAAGGGCUCUUUGGCAGUUGAAAAUGGUGAUCCAGAGCUGGUUGGUGCUUUUAGCUCUGUUGUUAGCAGAUCAACCCAGGGAUGCAACAUUGUCCACCUUGAACAGAUCAUUGAAGAUGCCAAAAGUAACAAGAAAACCUUGUUCACUGUGAUGGAGUCGAUUAUGAAUCUGAUGAGAGAAGUUGAACUUCAAGAAAAGGAUGCAGAAAAGGCAAAGGAAGAUGCUUCUAGAGGAGGCUUUGAUACUCUUGACAAGGUGGAGGAGCUGAAGAAGAUGCUGGAACAUGCGAAGGAGGCAAAUGACAUGGAUGCUGGAGAAGUUUAUGGGGAGAGGUCAAUUUUGACCACUGAAGUUAACGAGCUUGAAAAUCGGUUGCUCAACUUAUCAGAGGAACGAGACAAAUCUCUUUCUGUUCUUGAUGAGAUGCGUGAAGUUCUUGAAAUAAGACUAGCGGCAGCGCUGGAGAUAAAAAAUGCUGCUGAGCAAGAAAAGCAGGAAAAAGAAGGGUCUGCACGCAAGGCAUUUGCUGAACAAGAAGCGAUCAUGGAAAAAGUUGUCCAAGAAUCAAAGCUUCUACAGCAAGAGGCAGAAGAAAACUCCAAGCUGCGAGAGUUUCUUAUGGAUCAUGGUCGGAUUGUUGAUUCCUUACAAGGAGAAAUCUCUGUGAUCUGUCAAGACAUCCGACACUUGAAAGAGAAAUUCGACAACCGAGUGCCAUUGAGCCAAUCAAUUACCUCAAGCCAGACUAGCUGUAAACUGGCUUCUUCCGCAUCAUCCAUGAAGAGCUUAUUGCUAGAGAAGCCUUUGGAGGCAUCUUAUGAAACAGCUGAAGCCUCGAGCAACAACACGAGCCCAAAAGCUUUGGUUAACGAGGGAAAAGAUGAUCGUAAGGAGCUCCUGGAAGAGGGCUGGGACUUUUUUGACAAAGAGACAGAGCUCUAAGUGUCUUCAUUACAGAAGAUUUCAUCUCUUUAUAGAAAUAAAAUCAGUUUUAAGAA